GUCUACCGUGACAACCGCUCGUAAGAAGCAAGCCAGCAAGAAGCAAGUGAAUUCCAAGAUUUUGGUGCGGAAUAUCCCCUUCCAGGCCUCGGUGAAAGAGAUCAGAGAGCUUUUCAGCACCUUUGGAGAGCUGAAGACAGUGCGCCUUCCGAAGAAAAUGUUCGGGACGGGAGCUCAUCGCGGCUUCGGCUUUGUGGAUUUCCUGACCAAGCAGGAUGCGAAGAGAGCAUUCGGUGCCCUGUGCCACAGUACCCAUCUGUACGGCAGGAGGCUGGUGCUGGAAUGGGCGGAUUCAGAGGAAACCGUGGAGUCCUUGAGAAGGAAAACAGCAGAACAUUUUCACG